CGUAAUAGAAAAUCAACAUGCAAAUGAUACAUGGUUUGAAAGUCACCUUUUGCUCAGUGAAAUAGUUGGAUAUUGCAAGAAAUGUUUAAAAACUCAGGAAAAAAUGAGACAGAAAAAGGAAAAGAACAAGGUGAAGUAGAUGAAUCGCCUGACGUUGGUGUGUCCUCAGAGGCGGUCCAAAUUCCAGCCGUUGAAAAGCGUCGAUGCACCAACAAUCAUGCAUCUAGCUCGGAAAGUGAACAAAAAAUAGCCCAGAACACAACGUGGAAGUUAUCAGAUUUUCUUAUUGAACACCGACUGGGACAUGGACAAUACGGCAAAGUUUAUUUGGUGCGUGAAAAAGCCACGAAAUAUGCGUAUGCAAUGAAAAAACAAUUGCGUGAUGUGACUGCUGAAAUUAUGGUGUGGCGUGAAGUUGGGAUACAAAGAGACUUAUGUCAUCGGAACAUUCUACGAUUUUAUGGAUAUUUUCAUGAUGAUAAAAAGAUUUAUUUAAUUUUGGAGCAUGCACCAAAUGGCAAUUUACGCAAAAAAUUGGAUAAACAGCCGGGGAAACGUUUUGAUGAGAAAUUUGCUGCACGUUGCAUCUAUUCCUGUGCGGAUGCGCUCAGUUAUUUGCAUGAACGUGAUAUUAUUCACCGUGAUAUCAAACCAGAAAACCUGCUGCUUGGAUAUAACGAUGAAUUGAAAAUCGCCGAUUUUGGUUUAUCUAUAAAUGCACAAAACCAACGACGAAGAACUAUUUGUGGAACUCCUGAUUAUAUACCACCGGAAAUUAUGAAUGGUGAACCGUACUCAAAAGAAGUCGAUGUAUGGAGUCUUGGCGUAUUGUGCUAUGAUAUCCUGGUUGGUGAAUGGGCAUUCAAGUCAGAAAAUAAAGAUGAUCAGUACUGGAAGAGAAUUAAAGCUAACUUCAACCCUUUUCCUGACUUUCUCUCACAAACAGCCAGACAUUUGAUCAGAAGGCUGAUAGUUGUGGAUCCACAGUGUCGUUUGACGCUUUCAGAUGUUAAGAACCAUCCCUGGGUCAUCGCUAAUACACAAUAAGCUUGGAUUUAUUGCUCCGAAAUAUACAUGAAUGUUUAAAAUAAAAUCGCUAGAUUUAGAAAUUGCUAUUCAAAUAUACAAGUAUGAAAAAAUAUG